GGGGCGGGAUCGAGGAGGGGAUAGUGCGGCGUGUUUAGAGUUUCCGUCUGAGCCUCUGCUCCUGGAGCUGAGGGCAGCCUGGAAACGUGACCCGGAGGCAACCGGAAGGAGGGCAAAUAAGAAGAAUCCCCAGUGCGGUGUUUAAAGAACGUUGUGCUCUUUUUAGGCCAGUCUAAGGAUUUGGGGCAUCUGGCCUCAUUACUUCUUCGCUGUGGGGGCGGGCAGCAGGGGAGAUGCUCCAGUGCUCCCUUGUAUGGGGCAGAGCUCUAGUCACCUCGGCCUUUUAAAGGGUGACGGCUUAGACAAGAAGAAAAGGAGGACUUGUGGCACCUUGGAGACUAACGCGUUUAUUUGAGCAUAAGCUUUCGUGAGCUACAGCUCACUUCGUCGGAUGCAUCCGCAUCCGACGAAGUGAGCUGUAGCUCACGAAAGCUUAUGCUCAAAUAAACGCGUUAGUCUCUAAGGUGCCACAAGUCCGCCUUUUCUUUUUACGAAUACAGACUGACACGGCUGCUACUCUGAAACCUGGCUUAGACAAGGAAUCGCGAGGUCUUUUUGUUUGCGUUCUGGUUUUUAGGCCUGUGUCGUAGGUACUAGGGAAGGGAACAGAUUCUAAUCAACCUAAAUACAAUCGCUGAAGAACAAUAGGAACUACAUGUGCAUGAGGAUGCUGAAUUCUGAAAACGGGGCAAAAUUGCAAGUUAUGAAUGGGCUUGCUCCACAAAGGGAUAACAUCUCAUAAAUGGAAUCAAAGUAAGCUGCAAGAUUAGGAAAGAAUUGUGCAGUGCAUGCUCUUAGAAAACUUCCCAAAUGAAGUCUGUGAGACCUGAAACAAUGGAGACAUUGCCUGAACUCUAUGACGUCUUCCAAGGAGAGGUUGCUGCUGUAACAGAAUAUGGGGCAUUUAUAAAAAUUCCAGGCUGCAGGAAACAAGGCCUUGUCCAUAAAACCCACAUGUCAGCUUGUCGGGUUGACAAACCCUCGGAGAUGGUAGAUGUUGGAGACAAAGUAUGGGUGAAGCUUAUUGGAAGAGAGAUGAAAGAUGACAAGUUGAAGCUGUCCCUUUCCAUGAAGGUCGUCAAUCAAGGAACAGGAAAGGACCUUGAUCCAAACAAUGUUGCCCUUGAUCAGGAUGAGCGAAAGAAACGUUCAUUCAGAGACUACACUAGUCAGAAGAUUACCCUGGAAGCUGUCUUGAACACUGUCUGCAAAAAAUGUGGUUGCAAAGGUCAUUUUGCCAAAGAGUGUUUCAUGCAGCCUGGAGGAACCAAGUAUAGUCUGAUACCGGAGGAGGAGGAGACAGCAGAAUAUGAAGGUGAUAAAAAGUCCAGCCACACUGAGAAUUCUUCAAAGAAAAGAAAAAAGGAAAAGAAGAAGAAAAAGAAACACAAGAGCAAGAAGUCAUCAGAGUCCGACAAUUCAGACAGCUCCGAUUUGGACAGUGAUGGGGCUCAGCCAGCCAGCAAGAGGGCCAAGCAUUCGGAGAAAGCUAGUAAGCCUCAGAAGAAGAAGAAGAAAAAGAAGCACAAGAAAAAGCACAAAGAAUGAGAAGGAGAGGAGCUAGAAAGGGGCACUGGUGUUGUCAUCUGCCUGCCUGCCUGCUCUAGCCUUCUAGAAUAAACUCUCCAGAGAGAGUAGAGUUAAAUCACUACACGCUUGUUUCAGGGAUGAAGAGCUUCCUUCUUAAAGCAGCAUUCAGCCAUUGAUGUUAAAGAUGUUGACUCUGAAAUUAAUUAUCCACUAUAAAGUUACACAGGCUGCCAUUCUCCUGCUGAGAGGCCAAUGGUUCUGCCUGCCAAAAUAGAUUAAUUACACCCAUUCAUCAGUGACUCUCCCAUCCUGUAAAGCUUCACGUUCCUCUGAGUGAGCUGCCAGGGCUGCAGUGAGUUCCUUUGAAACAGCAAGGAGCGUGCAGGACAGCAGCAGCGUAUCCAGUGCCUGUCAAAGGGUGACAGCUGUGCCACUCAGGUUUGGUCCCUGCAAAACAUCAGAGGGAGCCACUCACACACCCUGUCAGCUGAUUGUCUAGUCAUGGGCACUGCCUCCCUGCUAAUUGUUACAGUUAUCACCCCUCUGCAAUUCAGUUCUGCUCUAUGCACCGUUUUUGUAUCCAUGCAACUAUGUGGCUAGGGGUGUGAUUUGUUACAAAUAGAGUUAUACUGGUACAGCUCCUAGUGUGAACUCAGUUAUGUCCUUUAUCAUAGGUGCUGACUGCAUGGGUGCUCUGGGGCUGGAGCAGCCAGGGGAAAAAAAUAAUAGUGGGUGCUCAGCACGCAUCGGCAGUCCCACAGAUCAGCUCCUUCCCCUCCCUCCCAGCCGACGUGAUCAGCUGUUCAGUGGUGUGCAGGAGGUGCUGGGGUGAGGGGCUGGAACGGGGUGGGAAGAGGCAGUGUGGGGUGAGGGCAGAGCAAGGGUCCAGCACCCCCGGGGAAAUCACAAAGUUGGCGCCUCUGGUCCUUAUACCUGAUACAGCUUAUUCCCCUGCCAUGCAGGAAUGGCUGUACCAAUAUAAGGCAUCUUUAUAAGAAAGUACAUCCACAGUAGAGGGCUUGUAUUGCUUUAACUACACUGGAUAAUAAAAGCAGAACAACUUUUGUGUGUAGACAACCCCUCAGUCUUGUCCAUUCUGCCUGCUAGCAGUGGCAGAGGGUUGGUAACAAAUCAGCUAAAUUAUGUUAUGGAGACACUUAAGGUGAACAUUAGCUUUGUCAAUAUUGCUAGCUGUGUAAAUUAUGAAAAAUAAACCUCUGAAAUGCUAAAUUA